AUGGCGACAAAAAGGAACGAACAAUUGGCUCGGAACAUAAGACGCUAUGUCAGGGAUGCGGUGAGAAGUGAUAGACGAAUUGGAGUACCAGAUGAAAUGCAAACCUCCGACAACUCCCAACCAGUGACUAUAAAUCCACGAAACCAUAUCAAUGAAAUUCCUCCUCAGCUUCUUGCCAAAAUCCUCUCCUACGUUGGAACCAAAUCAUUCAACCCACCACCACCCCAAUACCUUCAUUAUCUGACUGCAAACAGUGAAAAGUAUCUGAAAAUGAAAAGCGGAUCAUUUCGUUUCUUCUUGCCAGAGGAAAAUAGUGUGUGGUAUCUGAAGAAAGAAGAGUACGCAGUGAGAAAUUUGUUGAGUUUGAAGAGAGUCUGCAGUCAUUUUGAGAAUGUUAUUGAGAAUAUGACUCCAGAAAAGGAGUAUGAUACUGUGAUGGUUGAUUUGAAGCUUCAGGGUUGCGAGGACAGUAGCGCGGUGACCAUGUACAAGUAUGGAGGAACCGGUGCCAUUAAACCAGCUACCCAUCUAGCAAGAAAUUCCAGAUUUUCUGCGGAUACUCAUUUGGCAAAGUUUGAGAGAAUCCGAAACAUAAUCAUUGCCGAUAUGGAAUUGUCGGAGGGAGUAUUCGAGAAGAUCCUUGAGAUGGAUUUGGGUCACUUGAAGCAACUAUCAUUUGAAAGAUGGAGAGCAGUGACUAUGGAGAAUGGAAGGGACUACCUGAAACGAUUCAAGGCAUCUUUGCCAGAGAAUGUUGUUCUGGAGCCAUACAAAUUGAAGAGGCUUCUCGUGAACUCAAACUAUCUUUAUUGUUUCAAACAACACGAAAGAAACAGAAACCUUUUGAAAGUCAGAUGUCGUCAAGAAAGAAGAGAGUUCCGGAACUUCCGCACUAUCAAUACAAUUCACAACAUCCUUCGCUCGAAAACUCAUAGAAAGCAUAUAAAGCAUGCGUAUCAUGAGAAGACAAUCAAGUACAAGAAAGAUUUGAGAAGAUUCCUGUUUUCAAAACUUGGAAAAGGGAAAAGCCGCGAAAUUCAAGAAUGUGGAAAAUUUCACUUCAAAAAGUGCUAUCAAAUGCUCCAGAAGACAAUGCCAAAGUCUCAAGGAACAUUGGUUUUCCAUUUGAAAAUGUUGAAGAUGAUUUCCUCCAAAAAACCAAUGUCUUUAGCUGAGGAACAGGGAAUCAUUCAACAAGUUGCUGAAAUGAAAAAGCGGGAAUCUCAAUUGCACAAUUAA